AUGGAUAUCGGCAGUAAAAUAUACCUAAAAGACAUUGAACAUAUCGCUGAUGAUUCACAUCUCAAAGUACGGGUGUUAAAGAUUUGGAAUUUUAUAAAAAAUAACCAGGUUUUAUCGAUUGAAAUGAUCAUCAUGGACGAGGAGGGUACAAAAUACAAAUCUCGUGUUUUCAGCCAAAAUUUUUCCAGAUUUCGUGACCUUAUAAAGGAAGGUGAAAGUUAUAUCAUUUUAAAACCAAACAUGGCGGCUGUUAAAAAUGGUUUUAGUGUUACCGGUCAGAAACAGACCUUAACUUUGGAUUGUAAAAGUAUUGUUAAAAAAUGUGAUGAUUUUUCGGGUCCAGUUAAUGGUUUUGUGUUUGCUGAUUUUAACUCUAUCAUCGAACAGAAAUGCCCAAGAGACUCAUUCUUUGAUGUUAUUGGGAAAAUUGUCUCAUUUAGGCCUCUUGAGACAACCAAUCCUAACCCAUCAAGACAUUACAUAAAGAUGACUAUUACCAACUUACAGUCUGUACACCUUAAUGUCACUAUAUUUGGAAGUCAGGCACACCAAAUGUCACAGUACCUGAAAAGUAACAGCACGGUUACUUGUGUUGUUAUAAUGAUGCAGUUUGUCAAACUUAACGUUUGGAAUGGAAUUGGUCAAGCUCAAAGUCAUUUCGAUGUAAAGAAGAUGUUCAUUAAUUCUGACAUUGUGGAAAUUAAUGACUUUAAGAAAGAGUUGAAAGCAGAUAAAAAUGGUGGUAUGUUGGAAAAAAGCAUAACUACACUUCCAAGCUACUCUUCUUCCUAUAUAGAUGAUUUCAAAGGGAAUUUCCCUUUAAAAACUGUUUGUGAAAUCACAGAACCACUAACGGAAAUGAAAUAUCUAUUAGUUGGUUCCAUUGUGAAUAUAAGACAAAAUCUACCUUGGUAUUACGAAGCGUGUUACAAAUGUGGAAGCAGGGUAAACAAUGUGCCCAAAACCAAUCUUUCCUAUACCGCCCCCGGCAAGAUGGAAGAUAGUGUUGUUAUUAAGUGUAAAAACGCAGCUUGCAACAAUUCGAAUUUUCAUACUGUUAUAAAGUAUAUAAUUCCAAUGAAUGUACAAGAUCAUACUGGCACCAUUGGAUUAACUCUUUUUGAUAGAGAAGCAAAAAGGCUGUUGGAUAUAAGUGCAUUCGAGUUGAAAAAAAUACAUGAAGCGGCUGGCGACAGUUUGCACCUAUUUCCAAAUCAAAUGAACGUCUUGAAAAACCGGAAAUUUGCCUUUCUUGUAGAUAUUACAUCCUACAAUGUCAUCAACUAUAACAAUAUCUACACCGUUGUCAAACUUACAGAAGAUGUCUCCAUUAUUUCGGACUUGGAAAGUAAACUAGAACUUAUGAGUGUUCAAUCAGUCUCCUUAAAUGAAGUACCACUGCAAUCAGAUGAAGUUGUUCAUACUGUUGAAAAGGAUGUCAUAUCACAAACGGAUGAGAGUUUUACUCCCUCAACAGUUGAUAAAUCAUCCGCAACAAGUCCAAUGAAAAUAUCAUUUGAUUUGAAGCGCAACCUCCAUGACAUUUAUGAUGUUGAUAGUGGAGUUGAUUUCAGUUCAACAAAAUCUAAAAGAAAAUCAAUGGGAGAUGGAAAUCCACUUUUAGUUCCAAAAGUGGAAAAGUGA